AUGGCGAACAGCAGCAAUGAAACAGUAGCAGCUUCCAAACCAGAGGUAUUUCACAACUAUCGAGACAGGAAUAGAUGUUCACCCGAGGAGGAGACUCGAUUAGAGAAACAGCAUUUCUGGAACGUCAUAAACGCGUUUAAAUAUUACAGAACUCAUGUUCAUGAACGAGUGAAUCGAGCCGAACGGCAGUUCCGAUGCCUUCCAGAUCACCACCAGCAGCUUUUGACCAACUUCCUGCCACAUCUAAACAAGCUCCGCUACUGUAUCGACCAAAACCAAGAAGUGCUGCAGGCCGUAGUGCACAACUGCCUCCAUAUGUUUGAGAACAUGGAAUAUGGACAGGAUUGUGACCCAAGGAAAGUACGACCUUCCUCGACUUUCGACAUGGACAAGCUGAAGUCUACCAUAAAGCAGUUUGUCCGUGAUUGGAGUGAAGCAGGAAAGGCUGAAAGAGACAGCUGUUAUAAACCAAUUAUAGAUGAGAUCCAGAGACUCUUUCCUCCUGACCAGUGUGACGUGUCUCAGGUCCGAGUGUUAGUGCCGGGGGCUGGCCUGGGUCGACUUGCAUGGGAAAUCGCUCAUCUGGGCUAUUCCUGCCAAGGCAACGAGUGGAGUUUCUUCAUGCUCUUCUCCUCUAAUUUUGUUCUUAAUAGGUGCGAUAAGGAGAAUGCUUUGACUCUUUAUCCCUGGAUUCACCAGUUCAGUAAUAACAAAACAUCCUCUGAUCAGACAAGGUCUGUGUCCUUUCCUGAUGUCAAUCCACAAAGUCUUCCAGAAGACUCAGACUUUUCUAUGGUCGCUGGAGACUUUCAAGAAGUAUACAGUGAUCCUGAAACGUGGGAUUGUGUAGCUACUUGUUUCUUCAUUGACACUGCCCACAAUGUUCUCGAUUACAUUGAAACCAUCUGGAAUAUUCUAAAGCCUGGUGGUGUUUGGUUGAAUUUGGGUCCUCUUCUUUACCACUUUGAGAAUAUGGCUAAUGAAUUAUCCAUAGAGCUGAGCUAUGAAGACAUAAAGGCUGUUGCUAUGAAAUAUGGAUUUGUCCUGGAGUUGGAGAGGGAGUCUGUUCCUAGCACAUACACAGAGAACGAUCGCUCCAUGCUUAAGUAUCUUUAUGACUCUGUCUUUUUUAUUGUACGGAAACCUGCAGAACAGUUGAUCAAUGGAGAUAAGGCACUUAAAGACAGCCAAACUGAAGAUUCUUCACACACAAAAAGCUCAACAUGACCAUUAAAUGGAUGGCUGAAGCUCUGGAUGAUAUCACAGACAACCGGCCCAAUAAUAACUUAUGGAUUUCAAUAAUUUUAGCAACUUCCUGAUAAUACAAAAAGACUGGAGCUUUAUUAUGUGCUGAAUUAUUUCAGAUUUACCAAAAAAGUAUGUCAUGUUUUGGUUCCUCAUUUAACAGUCAUGUUCCUCAGGUUUUGGGUGCUGCUUCACUUUAUGCUAAUGCCACUUAUCACUCGACAGGUACAUUUCAGUGUUUUUCUUGCAGUUGUUUACAUUAAUAUCUUCCAUGUCCAAACUCGUAGAGUGACAGACUCUGGUCUGGAUCUUACACAGAUACUCCUCCAGCCUCUUUGAGGAAAUUUGCUGGCCAUCAAAAUUGUAAUAGUUGGCAGCGCUGAAAUAAAGUUGUUUUAAACUUACAUGAUUUUCAUGAUCUUGUACAUAUAAUGUAAUAAAAUU